AUGCAAAGUUAUGGGAGAAUUUAUACGCCUUAUACGCGUGGAAAUUUCAAGUAUUAUCGACCAUAUGGAUGGAAACGUAUCGCGUUAAAAGUUCUUGAUAAUGAUUGGCUUGGUGCAAAAGAUAGGAUGAAUCCCUUUAAUUCUGUGGAUGGUGAGUGGAUAAAUAGUUACCAUGGUACCGCAAAAGGUAAUGUUGAACCAAUCACAAAGGAUGGAUUUGAUUUGAGUAAAGGAAUAAAUUUUGAAUUUGGUAUUGGAAUUUAUUCUACUCCAUAUAUUGAAAUAGCCUCUGGUUAUGCUACAAGAUUUAAUUAUGAGGGAGAAACAUAUAAAGUCGUGUUUCAAAAUCGUGUGAAACCUAAUACCUUUAAUAUAGAAAACUUUAGAAGGUAUUUUGUUACUAGUAAUGACAGGGAUAUUAGACCUUAUGGUAUUUGCAUUCAAAAAUGUAAUGCUUCCUUUUCUCCUCUUUGUUGUAUUAAUUAA